ACGAAAUAUGCGCUCCUGUUUUUCCCGCUCGUGUUAAUGUACUAUCUAUGUAAUCGUUUUCUACAUUAAUCAUUCACAACACAGGGGAUACGAAUUUCAAAGAACAUCGUAAAAGUGUAUGAGGUGAAAAAAUGAUAGAUUAUAAUGAACCUAGUGAAAGUGAUGAAGGAGAAAUAAAGUCAGAUUUUGAAGAAGAUUUUCAAGAAGAACUAUGUAAUGUUCCUCAUGUUUUGAGAUUUAUUCAGAGAAUGCGCGAACAUAUUAAAAAGCAAAACAAAAAAAUUGCUAAAUUAAGGAGCAAACUUAAUGAACAUAGGAAUCAGAAAUUAUUAAAAAGUAAAACAUUAAUUGAUUAUGGAACCCAAACAAAUCCUUUGGAGUAUGAGAAAGAGACACAUCUCUUACACAAUUGGAACACUAAUAAUGAUAAAACAUCAGCCAGUAUUGUAGACCAAGUUAAAGAAGCUGCUGAAUCUGCUCUGUUGCAAACUGGUUUUGUUUAUGAGGAGACUUCAGGUCUAUAUUAUGAUUAUAACAGUGGAUAUUAUUAUGAUGCUAAACAAGGUUUAUAUUAUGAUGGCAACUCAGGUACAUAUUAUUAUUACGACGAAGCCAGUGGAACGUAUCAGUUCCAUAGUCAAGCACAAGUAGCUGCAACCGAAGCAUCCACGGACAUUCAAAGCAAGAAGGAGCAGAAAACUAGAAAGGCAAAUAAGGAUGAGGGGAAAAAACGCAAACUUGCAAAAAGAGAAGAACAUUUGGAUGAUAACGAACUUGAGGAGGGUGAAUGUUCAAGCAACGAUAAUGACAGCAAUUCUAAUGACAUUACUCCAGAAUUAUGUACUAGUAGUGACAGUGACCACGAAGAAGAUCAAGACUUAGCAAAAGUGUAUCCACCGUGCAUGAGAAUCAUCGUUAAAGAAACUAAUUUGCCGAAAUUAAAAGUUGGAAGUCUUUUCCUUGUUGCAUAUACAGGUGGUUCAAUCGGUCGGGAAGGUGACCAUUCAGUAGUUAUACCCGAUAUAAACGUUAGUAAGCAUCAUGCCCGAUUUUCAUACGAUGAGGAUAAGAAAGUUUAUCAAAUCGUAGAUUUAGGAUCGAGAAAUGGUACGUUUUUGAACGGUAAAAGACUGUCUGUAGCUAAACAGGAAUCCGAUCUCUACGAAGUUUUGCACGGCUCAAUUAUACAAGUUGGAAGUACCAAACUAUUGUGCCACAUUCAUAAUGGAAACGAAACCUGUGGUCAUUGCGAGCCUGGGCUCGUUCAACAUAACAGUAUUACGGAAGAAAACAAAACUUCCAAGAAAGACCUUUACAAGCAAGAAUUGAGACGAUUGAAGCACAAAUUUGGGGUGGAAAAGGACAAUAUCGCGACCGCGAGCCAACUAGCAUCAGGAUACCAAGACAGAGCCCAAAACAGAAGACAUUUUGUCGGUUCUUCGAAUCAUCACGUUAAAACCCAUCAAAGUUCAACGGACGUAUCUAUUGCAAAAGACAACAGAGGAUUCAAGCUCCUAUUGAAGAUGGGUUGGAACGAGGGUCAAUCACUGGGAAAGGAAGGAGAUGGCAGAACUGAACCUAUAUCGAUGACGAGUAAUCCCAGCAAAACCGGUCUCGGAGCAACAAGCGAAUUUCCUACGAUCGAAGUAGAUUCUACGACGGAAAAGAAGCAAGCACUGUGGCGAAAGACUCAGCAGCGUUACAAAGAAAUAACCGAUCAAACGCAAUAAUCACGCCGUGAACGUUCGUUGCGUUAUGUUUCGUUAAAAAUGAUACUCACGAAUGGUGGCAACCAGGGAACGAUCGUUAUAAGUUUUUAAUCAAUAAGAGUGUUAUUUAUUCCGAUCGUCGAUCGUGCGUUCGGAACGAGUCGUUGAAGUUAGUACAAAGUGAUACAAGCAUAGUUAAGAAUAAUUAAGAAAACUUGACGUUUUGAUAGAAAGGGAAAGAACACGUGUAUAACAGGAUUUUAAUUUGAUAAUAUCGACACGUCUCACACUAUUUACUAUUGAACAAUACUUCAAACACGUUUGUUGACUGAUUAGAUUCGUGUCUAUGUUACGAAUAGAUUUCUUGUACAUUCGUGGCUCCCCGAACACGCGUCAAUAUUUUUACAACAAAGAAUCUACGUUUCUUGUACGAUGUAGAAAUUGUGCAAGUCCGAUGUUAGGGAUCUAUCCAAUUCCGAGGCAUACAGAAUAAUUUCUUUCCAUGCAUUUUCUUGAAAAUUAAAAUUAUUGUGGAAUUCCAAUUGGAAGCACAAUAUUGUUUUGAAACGACCUUUCAAGUUUUAUUAUUUAUUUUGACUGAUGAUCGAACGAUGUACGAUUUUAAUGAAGUCAGUUAUUGGAAAAUCAUACGAGUACAAAAUUUUUUAACGUAGAUUUACACUAAAGUAGAUUUAGUGAUUGUUUGACUUGAGCGACGAAAAGAUGUUUGAGAACUGUAGUUCUUCAUGUAUACUCGUUAUCGAGCUUGCAAAUGAGCUCGAUUAUAUGGAGGUAAUUAAAUUUUUCACUUUUUCGAGGGUUGAAACAUAGCUAUUAAAUUUUGAUUAGGCUACGCGAUAUCGAGACUCGUAUGAAAAUAUACUUGCAUGCUUACUGUAACGCUUUAGAUAUAAAUUGGACUGUUUUAUUCCUUCCUCCGGCGAAACAUUAUAAACUUGGCAAUUUAUAAGGUAAAAAGCAACCUUUUAGUAUGAAAACGAACUGUAAAAUUAUUUGUACAGGGAGCGCCUGUACAACCGCUGUACAAGUUUCCAUAAAAAGGAAAAUCAUGGAAUUCUGUAAUUGUAAAUUUAUAUUUAUGUAAUAAGUUAUACAAUUAAAACCUGAAUCAAAUAUUUUGAAUCCUGUAAAAAAAAAUCUCAGCGACGUUCACCGAGAGAAUUUUAUUAUAUGUGCACACGAUUUUGUCCUGUACAUAUACAAUAUAAAACUCGAGGGUUACAUUUCAUUACGAUUUUUCUCUCUAUCUCUUCUUUUUAUUUUUAAUUUCUUUCUUUUUAUGCGAUGUGAUAAACGUAAUAAAGCCGUGUUAAUAAUAAAUAGGAUAUCAAAUUUUUUAAAUUAAUUUGAAA